AGACUGCCAGCUCAUUAUUGGCCGGCUCCUGCGUCAACAUCACACGCAAGCGUCGUGCUGCUCACAUGUGCAGCGGCAGCCAAUAAUGAGCAGCCGUUCAUACGUAAUCUUCUCUGGACCUUGAAAGUGGUCGUUAAAUUGCUGUCUAUGGAUGAGUCAUAUACCUCACGGAUUUCAUCAAAAAUAUCUUAAUUUGUGUUCUGAAGAUGAACGAAGGUCUUACUGCUGUGGAACGACAUGAGGGUGAGUAAUUAAUGACAGAAAUUUCAUUUUUGGGUGAACUAACCCUUUAACUCAUGUUUAUAAUGUUAUUUUAAUUAACUUAUUAGUUUUUGUAAUUUUACUAUUUGAGUUAUAUUUUUAUCUUUUAUCUAAAUGUGGGUGGUCAUAUUGUACGUUUACUAGACAGAACAUGUGGGGCUUUUUUAUAUCAAGUAUGUUUUCUAUUUUAUACCAUUUUCUUGUUUAAAGCAAUCUUUUUCACUUAAUUUGUGUUUGUUUUUGCAUUGGGGACCUUUUUGCACCAUGAUUGCAUGGGAGAGACAGGACAGUUAAGGGCGUUUCACCCACAAAAGCCUGUUGCCCCAUGUAUAAAUGACCAAUGCCACUCAAUAUCUACACAACGCAGAAGAUGUAGUUUCUUCUAACUGGUUUUGUGAACUCCAGCUACAUCAGUCACACUUGUCAUCAUGAUCCACCGGAUACACUAAAUUAAUGAAUUACUGAACCCUUCACAAUAUUUUGUGAAGGCUCACACAGUCAUGAUGAACUAUCACAGAAUAAUGCUUCUUACACGCUCUGUUAGACGGGAGAUUAUGUUGAUCCAUUUGAGGUAAUUGAGCUUUUAUAUUUCAUUUAUUAAAUGCAAAGGUUUUUAUCAAAAGGGGAAAUAAUGUUAUGGAAAUAAGGUUAAUGUUUCAUUACUUCUUCAUUAGCUGUUUUGCUAUCCUGAUUUUUGUCGCUCCUUCUCUGAAUGGUUUGAAUGCAGGUAUCAGGUAUCAAAUGUUGUUAUUGUGUGAAUCAGUGGAGACUUCAGUGAAUCAAAGGUGAUGGUCUGUAGAAACACUCUGGCUCUUCAUUUGGUGUGAUCUUAUAAAAGCUACUGUAGAUGUCCUCACUGUAUCAGAGGAUCCACAGACUCAAUUUCAUCCUGAUGGAUUGUCAGCAAUUGUUAAGUCAGUGUGUUUCUCCCUGAUCAUUUACAUUUAAUCAUUUAGCAUGAUCAAUGGAAUGGUUUUCUCAAAACAUUUGAUCAGUUAAUCUAAAAAUGUGCUUCAUGUAGGAAGAGCUAAAUGAAACCUCCAGGUUUUAUUCUACUAAACAACCAAUAACAUGACUGAAUCAGUCUGACUUCAGUAGAUUGCAGUAGUGGAAGCAACAGGUGAAAAUGUCUCUUUACUGUAACAUCUGCAGUGUAACACUGGGUUACUGGAUUUCUUCAAUAAAUCUUUGCACACUGUGGGCAGACGUCACACUCACACACUGUCUGCUCUCCUCCAUUUCAUGUGUCUUUCUGAUUUCUCAGUCUGUUUUCAUUCUUCAUCUACAUUGGUUCCUCUCUCAUGUCCUGAAUGGAUGUGUUGUUGGAGUCUCUGCUGCUGGACGGGGGUCUCUGUGAGUCUGUGUGUCCAGGACAGUCAUCUCUCUGUGGGACACAGCUGGAGUCUGUCUGGAUCAUCUGACCGCUGUGAGCCGUGAGUGAGAGAAACGUCUGACACACACGAGGGACGCAUGGAACGACUGCAAGUUAUAACACACGCACGCAGAGACCUGUACUUGGGGUGGGUGGAGUUAAAACGAAAGUGAAAGAAGAAAAUAAGCUACUACGCCAUUCGGAAGCCAUUUUGUUUAAACGGCUGCAUAUUUUGUGGUCUGAAAUCAUCUCUCAACACUGUUUGAUAAAUGAAAGUAGAAGGACAGGCCCUCUAAAAUGAGUUCCCCAUCUGCUGGAUCAAGCGGCAAUGCAUCCGGUGAUGAAACCAAGACGUCUGAUCCCAGAAUCAGCAGGAGGGAGAGACAGAGAUCAGAGUCUCCAGAACCCAGCGCUGUGUCUCUAAAGAGUUACAAAUCCAUGGAAGUACCCCUUCAAUUAAGUGAUGAACCAGUGUCUUCUGAUCCUCUAAUCAGCAGGAGGAAGAGAUCAGAGUCUCCAGAACCCAGCGCUGUGUCUCUAAAGAGUUACAAAUCCAUGGAACCACCCCUUCAAUUAAGUGAUGAACCAGUGUCUUCUGAUCCUCUAAUCAGCAGGAGGAAGAGAUCAGAGUCUCCAGAACCCAGCGCUGUGUCUCUAAAGAGUUACAAAUCCAUGGAACCACCCCUUCAAUUAAGUGAUGAACCAGUGUCUUCUGAUCCUCUAAUCAGCAGGAGGGAGAGAUCAGAGUCUCCAGAACCCAGCGCUGUGUCUCUAAAGAGUUACAGAUCCAUGGAAGUACCCCUUCACUUAAGUGAUGAACCAGUGUCUUCUGAUCCUCUAAUCAGUAGGAGGAAGAGAUCAGAGUCUCCAGAACCCAGCGCUGUGUCUCUAAAGAGUUACAAAUCCAUGGAACCACCCCUUCAAUUAAGUGAUGAACCAGUGUCUUCUGAUCCUCUCAGGAGGGAGAUACAUGAGCUGAGAUCUGUGCCAUACUCUACAUACCACUGUCAGACUCACAUCAGGCAAAACAAAACUGAAGCAGUCCUGCAGACACACACACUGGAGACUGGAGACCUGCAGAGAGUCAAAUACCAGCACAAAAUCAGCAUGAAGUACAAGUAUGAAAGAUUAUUUGAGGGAACCAAACUACAAGAAAAUCAAACCCUCCUGAACAGGAUCUACACCCAGCUCUACAUCACAGAGGGAGAGAGAGAAGGAGUGAAUGAAGAACAUGAGGUUUUACAGAUGGAGAAGACAGCCAGAACACAACACUCACAAGACACUCCAAUCUACUGCAAUGACAUCUUUAAAACCUCACCUGAACCAGGGUGUGAGGAGAAAGACCAAAUCAAGACAGUUCUUACUAAAGGCAUUGCUGGAAUUGGAAAAACCGUCUCUGUGCAGAAGUUCAUUCUGGACUGGGCUGAGGGAAAAGCCAAUCAGGAUGUAGAUUUCAUGUUUGUGCUUCCAUUUCGAGAGCUGAACUUGAUCCAAGAUCAUCAGUACAGUCUUCACAGACUUCUGCUGGACUUUCAUCCUGAACUUCAAGAUCUGGAUUUAAAUAUUUAUGAGGAGUGUAAAGUUGUGUUCAUCUUGGAUGGUCUGGAUGAAAGCAGAAUGACACUGGUGUUUUCAGAUGCUCAGAAAGUUUCUGAUGUGACUGAGACUUCAUCAGUGGGUGUGUUGAUGUCAAAGCUCAUAAAAGUAGAGCUGCUUCCCUCUGCUCUCAUCUGGAUCACCUCCAGACCAGCAGCAGCCAAUCAGAUCCCCUCCAAAUACAUCAACCGUCUGACAGAAAUUCAUGGAUUUAAUGAUCCUCAGAAGGAGGACUAUUUCAGGAAGAGAAUCAGUGAUGAGCAUCAAGCCAGCAGAAUCAUCUCACACAUCAGAAGAGCAAGAAGCCUCCACAUCAUGUGCCACAUACCCGUCUUCUGCUGGAUCUCAUCCACUGUGCUUCAGAAGCUCAUGAAAGAAGAUCUGAAUGCAGAAAUCCCUCAAACUCUGACUGAAAUGUACAUCCACUUCCUGCUGAUUCAGAUCAACAUGAGGAAUCAGAAGUAUGAAGAGAGAGAUCCAGAGAAACUCCUGCAGUCCAACAGAGAAGUGAUUGUGAAACUUGCUGAAGUGGCUUUCAAACAGCUGAUGAAGGGCAAUGUGAUGUUCUAUGAGGAGGACCUGAGAGAGAGCGGCAUAGACGCCACUGACGCCUCAGUGUAUUCUGGGAUUUGCACUGAGAUCUUUAAGGAGGAAUCUGUGAUUCAUCAGAGGAAAAUCUACAGCUUCAUUCAUCUGAGUGUCCAGGAGUUUCUUGCUGCUUUCUAUGUGUUCUACUAUUAUGUAAUAGUACAUGUUGACACACUGCAGUUUCUGGAUGUAGUUCCUAAUCUACAUAAGGAAGUAGUAGAUAAAGCCCUUAAGAGUGAGAAUGGACACCUGGAUCUGUUCCUGCGGUUCCUGCUGGGUGUCUCACUGGAAUCCAAUCAGAGACUCUUACAGGAUCUACUGACACACACAGAGAACAGCUCAGAGAGCAUCAGGAGAACCACACAGUACAUUAAAGAAAAGAUCAAAGAUGGACAUGGACUCUCCACUGAAAGAUCCAUCAAUCUGUUCCUCUGUCUGCUGGAAGUCAAAGAUCAGACUCUGUCCAGAGAGAUUCAGGAGUUUGUGAAAUCAGACAAACACUCAGAGAAGAAACUCUCUCCUGCUCACUGCUCAACAAUCACCUACAUGCUUCAGAUGUCAGAGGAGGUGUUGGAUGAGCUGGACCUCAAGAAAUACAACACAUCAGAUGAGGGAAGAAGAAGACUGAUACCAGCUGUGAUCAACUGUAGGAAAGCCCUUCUUGCUGACUGUAAUCUCACUGGUCAACAUUGUGAAACUGUGUCAUCAGCUCUACAAUCCUCAAACUCUGUCCUGAGAGAGCUGGACCUGAGUAACAAUGACCUGCAAGAUUCAGGAGUAAAGCUACUUUCUGAUGGACUGAAGAAUCUAAACUGUCAGCUGGAGAUACUGAGGUUGUCUGGCUGUAUGGUGACAGAGGAAGGCUGUGGUUAUCUGUCUUCAGCUCUGAGAUCAAACCCCUUACACCUGAGAGAGCUGGAUCUGAGCUACAAUCACCCAGGACAAUCAGGAGUCCAGCUGCUCAACGACAAACUGAAGGAUCCAAACUGCUCACUGCAGAUACUCAAUUUGGAUCAUGCAGACCCUGUUCGAAUCACACCAGGACUGAGAAAAUAUGCCUGUGAUCUCACACUGGAUCCAAACACCGCACACACUCAACUCAUCCUGUCAGAUGAAAACAGAAGGGCGAAACACAUCAAAGAUCCACAGUCAUAUCCUGAUCAUCCAGAGAGAUUUGAGCACCAUGAGCAGGUUUUGUGUCGAGAGCGUCUGAAUGGACGCUGUUACUGGGAGGCUGAAUUGAGUGGAUGGGCCUAUAUAGCAGUGACAUAUAAAGGAAUCAACAGGAAAGGAGGCAGUGACUCUUGGUUUGGAUACAAUGACAAAUCCUGGAGUCUGUACUGCACUGAAAACAGAUAUUCUGCCUGGCACAGUAAUAAGAAAACUGACUUACCAGCCCCUUCACCGCAAUCUAAUAGAGUAGGAGUGUAUGUGGACGUGUCAGCUGGCACUCUGUCGUACUACAUUGUCUCUGACACACACACACUCACACACUUACACACAUUUAACACCACAUUCACUGAACCCCUCUAUGCUGGAUUCAGGGUGUUUGAAUCCUCAUUGUCUCUGUGUCAGAUUUAACAAUCUGCUUUGAGCAGGGGUGUAAGUACAGACGGUGCAGGCAGUGCAGCCGCACUGGGCCCGUGCAGCAGGGAGGCCCGCAGCACAUGCAAGCGGGCCCCUGGUGACGAAGUGACUCUGCAGGAUACUGGGGAUACUCACAUUUCAAAUGAAAUGCGCUAGUUUGAGAUUUGAAAUCACGCUCUACCGCUUACUGUUGACCAUAUAUAUCAGAGCAUGUGAGCGUAGGCUCAGUAUUCUGCUCUAUGCCAGCAUGUUCCACAAUGUGAAUUGUUUUAUUUAAAAGUAGACAUUUCCCACUUUCUUUAGACAUAUGUUUCAUUUUUGUAUGAUAAGUAGGCUUAUUCGCUGAGUUUCAGUUCAUCUUUGAGAAGUGUUUCAGAAAGAUUCUUGUGGAGACAGAGACAGCUGAAAGUGCACCCUGUUUUGUUUUAUUUUACUAAAGUUUGUUUAGUAAAAUGUUUAGUUUGAGGUCACCAUCAUGGAGAUCAGCGUUUGCUUUAGUUGAGCUCUUGAACCUUGACUUUUGUUGAGUUGCUUCUUUAUCAGCAAUUGCAGGUGUUUUCAGAAAACAUUUCUGCAUUGAUAAAGCAGAUCAACAUGCCUGUUUUAAUGGUCAAAUGACUAUGUUAAAGUGGUGACAUCAAACUAAACAUUUUCAAUAAGACAUCAACAUUUAAACCUCUGUUAAUUCUCAAUAAGUGCUUCUGUAGACGUGUGACAGAAAUAAAGUCAGUCUGGUUAGUAAUAAGUGAAGCUGGUGAUGCUGUUUGUGGAGUUGUUUAAUCAGAUCUUCAGAGAUUUAAUGUCUUUUAUCUUCAGUUCAUCUAAGGCUGUGGCUGAAGAAAGUUGUAGUUUGUGUUCUUAUUUCUCUUUCUUUCAGUGUUUGUUCACAGCAGGUGUUUGAAUGAUUGAAAGAAUGUUUCAGGAACGUCAUACUAACCUUUAAAUAACAUUCUACUAACAUUAAGGAAACUGGACAUUUUUAUGUUCUUGGAAUGUUACAAAUCAACGUUCCUAGAAUGUUGAAUUUUAGAUCAAAAUUAAGUUGAAUAAAACGUUUGAGGAACAUUAUACCUUAUAAAAACGUUCCUCUAACGUCAAGAAAACUGGACGUUUUUUAUGUUCCCAGAACCAACACUGAAUAUUUAGAGAACGUUCUUAUAACACAAUUCUGUUAGCUGGGUAGCCUAUAUAGAUUCAUAUUUGUUUAAUAUUAGCCUAUAAUAUUAUUUUUUUUUUAAUUUCACGUAUGUUAAUUAUGAAAAGUGAACAGCGUGCGCAAGAUAGGCUACAUCAUAAGAUGCGCAGUAUAUUGGGAGAUAUGGAUCAAACAUGAUUUUGACCAAUUCAUUAAAGGGGUCAUAAAACCCUAAACCAAAUUUUUCAGAUUUAUGUGUGGUAAACAUGAUAGAAGUCAAUGUUACCAUCCGUUAGUUUUGAAUGUAUGAGAAAAGUAUUUAAUUUAAAAAAAAAUUGCGCUAUUUUCAACUUCCAGGUUUAAAUUCAUCUUUGUGUCAACAUCACAAGAUGUGACUUUUCUCGUACUAUAGUACGGUGAUGACUGAUCGGUGUCUCAUAAUCAGCGUUGCCAAGUUGGGCUACUUUAACACUGUUGCCGCGGGUUGUAUUUCAUGUCCGGGGGUUAAAGAGACCCAAAUAACAUGAUGUUUAGCCUCUGGAAUGCUAAUUUUACCAGGGGAACCCCGCCAAAAACAUGGAUAUUAUCCCCCGGAACGCAAUUUUUACCGGGGAACCCACCUGAAACGCGAUUGGGCUAGUUUUGAGUAGCAAUUGGGCGGGUUUUGUUGUGAAAACCUGUCAACACUGCUCAUAAUUAUUCAUGAGACUGCGUGUCCUUAUCCUAUGAGAAGACGCGUUGCUUAAUUCUUGACAGCACGUGCUUAAUUAUUCAUGACAGCAUGCGACAGCAUUUCCUCUGACAGGCGCUUCAAAUAGUGAGAUCGCAUACAAUAAGAGAGAGUUGCAUUAAUAGAUCAAAAAUGAGUGUUUGUUCUUGCUUUGUAAGAGCUUCUUCGUCGCACGGGUUCUCUUCAAUAUCCGUGUCACUGACAAAAAUUCGAUUCAUCCCCACUGUGAGUAUAACUGGUAUUUACGGCUCUUUAACUGAUCAAAUGGCUUAUGUAAACGCGCAAAAUAAGACUCAGAAGUUAUCAAAGAUGCAACAGCGUGUUCAUAGAUGUAUUCAAUGCAGAGAACAAAAUGCGAAUGGCUGUGCAUUUAUGUGUGCAUUACUAUUGUAAAAACCAUGUGUAUAUUGUGUUGCAUGUAAUGGUAAUUUGCAGUGUGUAUUUGUGGUUUAAUGCUUUUAAUGAUGGUGAAAUAAAACUGUCUGAAUCAGAA